GGCCUCGUCCCUCGUCGUGCCCAGCCCCGGCCCCCCACCCAUCCCCGCGCCCCCUCCCUGCCUUCGGCCGAGAUGGCGGACCCAGCCGAAUGCAGCAUCAAAGUGAUGUGCCGGUUCCGGCCCCUCAACGAAGCGGAGAUCCUCCGCGGGGACAAAUUCAUCCCCAAAUUUAAAGGCGAUGAGACCGUGGUGAUCGGGCAAGGGAAGCCAUAUGUCUUUGACAGAGUGCUACCUCCCAACACAACCCAAGAGCAGGUUUAUAAUGCGUGUGCAAAGCAAAUUGUCAAAGAUGUCCUGGAAGGUUAUAAUGGGACGAUUUUUGCAUAUGGACAGACUUCAUCAGGAAAAACUCACACCAUGGAGGGGAAGCUGCAUGACCCUCAGCUCAUGGGCAUCAUCCCAAGGAUCGCACAUGACAUCUUCGACCAUAUCUACUCUAUGGACGAGAACCUGGAGUUUCACAUCAAGGUUUCCUAUUUUGAGAUCUACUUGGACAAAAUAAGGGACUUACUCGAUGUAUCCAAGACCAACUUGGCUGUUCAUGAAGAUAAAAACAGAGUCCCAUAUGUAAAGGGGUGCACCGAGCGGUUCGUGUCAAGCCCAGAGGAGGUCAUGGAUGUGAUAGACGAAGGCAAAGCAAACCGACAUGUGGCGGUCACAAACAUGAACGAACACAGCUCUAGAAGUCACAGUAUCUUCCUGAUCAACAUUAAACAAGAGAAUGUAGAGACUGAAAAAAAACUCAGUGGGAAGCUUUAUUUGGUUGAUUUGGCUGGAAGUGAAAAGGUCAGCAAAACCGGUGCCGAGGGAGCAGUUCUUGAUGAAGCUAAAAAUAUCAAUAAAUCUUUGUCUGCUCUUGGAAAUGUGAUCUCUGCCUUAGCAGAAGGAACAAAAACACACGUGCCCUACCGGGACAGCAAGAUGACGCGGAUUCUCCAGGACUCUCUGGGUGGAAACUGUAGAACCACCAUCGUUAUCUGCUGCUCUCCCUCUGUCUUCAACGAGGCUGAGACCAAGUCCACGCUGAUGUUUGGUCAGAGAGCAAAGACCAUUAAGAAUACGGUUUCUGUGAACCUGGAACUGACAGCAGAAGAAUGGAAGAAGAAAUAUGAAAAAGAGAAAGAAAAAAACAAGACCUUAAAGAAUGUCAUUCAGCACCUGGAGAUGGAGCUGAACAGGUGGCGGAGUGGUGAAGCCGUGCCUGAGGAAGAACAGAUCAGUGCUAAGGACCAGAAGAACCUGGAGCCCUGUGACAACACCCCCAUCAUAGACAACAUUGCUCCCGUUGUUGCUGGCAUCUCCACAGAGGAGAAGGAGAAAUAUGACGAGGAGAUCUCCAGUCUCUACAGACAACUGGACGAUAAGGAUGAUGAAAUUAACCAGCAGAGCCAGCUGGCUGAGAAGCUAAAGCAACAGAUGUUGGAUCAGGAUGAGCUUUUAGCUUCCACAAGAAGAGACUAUGAGAAGAUACAAGAGGAGCUGACCCGACUCCAGAUUGAAAACGAGGCAGCCAAAGACGAGGUGAAAGAAGUCCUCCAGGCCCUGGAGGAGCUGGCAGUCAAUUACGACCAGAAGUCACAAGAAGUGGAGGACAAGACCAGGGCCAACGAGCAGCUGACAGAUGAGCUGGCCCAGAAAACGACUACAUUGACAACCACACAGAGAGAGCUGAACCAGCUACAAGAGCUUAGCAAUCACCAGAAAAAGAGGGCGACGGAGAUCCUGAACUUGCUGUUGAAGGAUCUGGGGGAGAUAGGCGGAAUCAUUGGCACCAACGACGUGAAGACCUUGGCAGACGUGAAUGGAGUCAUUGAAGAGGAGUUCACCAUGGCCCGCCUGUACAUCAGCAAGAUGAAGUCAGAGGUCAAGUCCCUGGUGAACCGCAGCAAACAGCUUGAGAGUGCCCAGAUGGACUCCAACAGGAAGAUGAACGCCAGCGAGCGGGAGCUGGCAGCGUGCCAGCUGCUCAUCUCCCAGCAUGAGGCCAAGAUCAAAUCUCUGACAGACUACAUGCAGAACAUGGAGCAGAAGAGGAGGCAGCUGGAAGAGUCCCAGGACUCGCUCAGUGAGGAGCUGGCCAAGCUCCGAGCCCAAGAAAAAAUGCACGAAGUCAGUUUCCAGGACAAGGAGAAGGAACAUCUGACGCGGCUGCAGGACGCCGAGGAGAUGAAGAAGGCGCUGGAGCAGCAGAUGGAGAGCCACCGGGAAGCUCACCAGAAGCAGCUGUCCAGACUUCGGGACGAAAUUGAGGAGAAGCAGAAAAUCAUCGAUGAGAUUCGAGAUUUGAAUCAGAAACUGCAACUGGAGCAGGAGAAGCUCAGUUCUGAUUAUAACAAGCUGAAAAUAGAGGACCAAGAGAGAGAAAUGAAACUGGAAAAGCUCUUAUUGCUCAAUGAUAAAAGGGAACAAGCCAGAGAAGACCUCAAAGGGCUAGAGGAGACAGUGUCCAGAGAAUUGCAGACGCUUCAUAAUCUUCGUAAACUCUUCGUCCAAGAUCUGACCACCCGCGUUAAAAAAAGCGUAGAGUUGGACAGUGAUGACGGAGGGGGCAGUGCCGCCCAGAAGCAGAAAAUUUCCUUCCUGGAAAACAACCUGGAGCAGCUCACUAAGGUUCACAAGCAGCUGGUCCGGGACAAUGCAGACCUACGCUGUGAGCUUCCCAAGCUGGAGAAGCGGCUGCGGGCCACGGCCGAGCGUGUCAAGGCCCUGGAGAGUGCUCUGAAGGAGGCCAAGGAGAAUGCCAUGCGGGACCGCAAGCGUUACCAGCAGGAGGUGGAUCGCAUCAAGGAGGCGGUGCGGGCCAAGAACAUGGCCAGGAGGGCGCACUCUGCCCAGAUUGCCAAGCCCAUCCGUCCUGGACACUAUCCCGCAUCAUCGCCCACAGCCGUCCAUGCCAUCCGAGGGGGAGGAGGUGGCUCUGCAAACUCCACUCACUACCAGAAGUAAAUACAAAAUACGACUCCACGUAGCAUGACAAGGACUACACUAAUCACCAGUUCCUUUCUAUUUUUCUUCUCCUACACAGUUUCCAUUUCUUUUACACUUGCACCCCCGCCAUCUGCAGUACACCAGUUCCAGGUGUUUUGAGCUGUGUAGAAUUUCUGUGUGUACAGAUGUGUGCUCAGACUUUUCUCUUUCUGAGAAAUCGAAGGAGAUUACUGAAGGUCCACUUACUUCUCAGAGCCAUCACCACUGACUCGACCUCCGGGGCGUGGGGUGGUCUCUGGGCGGUCCCUGGAGCCUCCUCUCACAGAACACUGUCCCACCUGAACGCCCACACGUGCCAUUCCCUGGAGGAGAGCAACCAAGUGCCGCGGAGGCAGUGAUUACGCUCUGCCUCGACUGUCUGGUUUCCUGUAAAAUAAACACAUUACUUUAUAUUUUUAGGCAACAAAAAAGUGCUGCUAUAGGGUACAAAAUUUUCAUUCUGAGCCUUUUUCCAAAACAGAUUACCCCAAAGAAGCAUUUUAAAUAUCCUGGUCACAUCUUUGGAUCUGUAAAAUAUACCUUUUAGUAUGGCACCUGUUAAAUGCAAAGCAAAUUUCUUCAAGGCAGAAAAAAACAAUCUGACAGUAGCAAUGUAGAAUUUGUUCAUUCAAACACAUCUAUGUAAAUGCAAAAAGUCAUAAAAUUCACCUCCGAGCUGCUUGCUACUGAACCUGCAGCAACUAGUCUCAUCCGGCCUGGUUUGAACAUGAUUCCUUCCCAAGUGUCAAAAGUGCUGCAAAGCUAGAAGAGUAGAGUGGGGCCGCCCCUCCUCACUUUUUCCUCCCUGAAUCUUCUGGAGCUUGCAUCAGGGAUGGACUUUUUCUCUAGGGAACCCUCUGGAGCUUGAGGGGCUAUUUCUGAAGAAUUCCAGCAUCAUUCCAGCAGUUGAAAAAGGAGGCCCUGGGGGAAAAGUCAUUGAUAACAUUUGUGCCUGUCUAUGAAUACUUUUUUUUUUUAACUUAUCACUGUUUACUGAUGUGAAUUCUUUCUUUGGCACCAAGUACAUUUCAUCUUCUUAGGCACAAUCAGAAGAUAUCAGGAUAGGGAUGUUUUUGUUUUUGUUUUGUUUUGUUUUCUAGCUUUUGCUUUAUUUAAAUAUUUGAAUGUGAGGCUGAUCAACCCUUCCAGUUGUGCAUAUUAAAAUGGUCGAUUUCCAAGUAGUAGAGUUUUCAGGGAAACUGAUAAGGAUUCUGUUCAAUUGAUCUUGUGUGCUGCUACUUGUUUUGACAAAUUUGGGGGUAAGUCAAUGACAGCCAAACCAAUCUUACUGAAAGCACCCCUUCUGUCAUCAUGCAUGCCCAAAAUAAGUGAGCUGGCAUUCUGUCCCUUGUAGCUGUUAUGGCUGUGUGGGUCAAAGACAGUUCAAGAGUGUGUGUGUGUGUGUGUGUGUGUGUGCACGUGCAUACAUGUGUGUAUAAAAUGCUAAGGGCUGCACAUUGACUUCUAACCUCUUGUAAAAUUUCCCUAACAAAGCAAAGCUGCUUUUACUUAAUUUAUUUGUUAAAUGUUGUACUUUGUUUAUGUGUGUUUUGGUUUUGGGGGGAGUGGGGAGAGAAGACAACAAAUUCUAUCAAAGUAUUAUUUCAUAAACAUGACAAUUUUGCAUUCAUUCAAUUUUUUUCCAGUCAUCGUGUCGCUAGUGUCUGCCCAAUAUAACUCUAUGUCAUCAUUUGUGGUCUGAUAGAACAGUCCUUGUAGGGCAGGUUUUGCAAACCUUAUCAGGUAAUAACAUAUGCCACAGAUUAUAACCUUGCUGUUAAUAUAUUUGCCUCUGAUUUUGGAAGUUAAAACAUCGGUCUUCGAGAGGGUGGGCAGUUAAUUGACAUACCACUACUAUCUGUUGCACAGUGGUAUUACUUUGUAUUUGGAAACUGAAUGAAGGUCAGUAACUUUUUUUUGCCUCUCAUGAAUAUCCAUCAUAAAAGUAUGUUUCAGAAUUUUUCCAAAGUAACUUUUCCCUGGAUACCUCUUCUCAACUUCUAAAGAAUUCCUUGGCCCUUUCAUGUUUCAAAAGGAAACAUUCACUUUAGUUCCAUAUUACUUGAUCUCUUACGAGGGACCCACCAAAUUCACUUUACUUUUAUUCACAGAGAAAGUUGGCUUUGAUGUCUCUUAAAGAUAAUUCUGCUAGUUGCUGAUCAGCCAGUCAGUUCACCUAGCUCCGAUCUUUAUAGGACCUCUAAUCUAAUUUUCCUAUACUGUGACUAAAAGGCAGCUAUUGGAAAUGAUUAUAUGAUAUAUUCAGUGGAUCCUUAAAUAUUAUUUUAUAUAACAAGCACAUUAUCAUAUCAAGACCAUGUACUCUCUAGGCUGCUUUUUUAAAAAGCCACGUUUAUGUGAUUUUCAUUUUUCUUAGACUAUUUCCUCCUGUACUCUAAAUGUAAAAACCACAAUUCUGCACAGCCAAGCCUGUGAUUAUAUUUUUUCAUAUGCUGCUUUUCACUAGUGUGUAUGUGUGUGUGUAUUUUCCUCCUCUCUGAACAAUUUUAUAUCUCAUGAAACUUCUUGAAAAUUUACUCUUUGAUGCUGUAAGGGAAUAACCAGAUGGUUCAUACAGAAAAACUCUACCUGCAGGAUGAUGGCUUGCUAAAUUAGAAGAACGCUGUUUGAGAUUUAUGUUUGAGAACUAAAAUAUACUUGCUUUAGUGUUGUAUGUGUUACAGUCGGUUACUAGAGAAUUCUCUGUAAAUGUACCAUCUCUUCAAAUGCGGUACAACUUGCUGUUGUCGAGUGGCAGGUAGCAGACAGAACAAAAAGAGUGGGUUAAAUGUCUUUUUGAAAAUAGAGUCACAUGAUUAAGAAAAUCAGAAUUUAUAGAAGUAUUGGGAUAAUUAAAGAAAUAAAAAUGUUUGUCUAGAUUGUAGCAUGUAGUGACUUUUUGAAGCCCUAAAGUUCACAUGAGGAAGUGAUAUUCCCAUCCAAGAUAAUACAUCUCCAGGACUCAGAGGGGAAUGUAGCAGCUCCAUGUUCCUAUAGGAAUAACUGAUAGCAAGUAAAAGCUCUUCACAAUCCCCUUUCGAAGUGCAUUUUUUAGCAGGGCAGAAGACAUCUGGACUCCAGCUAGGUGACAGAUUAGGGAAGUUUUUCAUUGGCCGGAGGAGGAUUUCACUCCACUGUCUCACCCUCAGUAUCUGGAGCAAGCAAAGGAACCAUCGUAACAUAAAAUUGCUUCAUUUAACACUAAUGAUUUAGACUUCUUUUCAAAGACUAAAUAAGGGCCAGGUGACUACUGAAGGAAGCACCACUCCAUAAAGUCUCCUUACUUAUUUCAAAAUCGUGUAGCAAUUUUAAAUACUUUCAUCCUGUGCAGAUAUAAGGGGAAUAGGGCAUUCUGUAGAAUUAUACACGUCUAGUUUGUAAAGUGUGUCAUGUGUACUGCAGAUGGUGUUUUCAGGCUUUAUGUAUCUGUACAGUAGCUUUCAUUAAAAACCGUGUGUGGACAACUCGUUUUGGUGAUUUGAGGGGGAGAUGGCAUUUAUAUCAAGUAAUCACGGUGUACAUGUAACGAAAGAUUUGGAAGUAGCCCUCUCCUGGCCUGUGGACAUGUUGGUUAUCUUCUAGAUUCUGAAAUGAAGAUGUAUGGCUACUCUGGCAGACUGCAUGUUGUAUAAUUUGAAAAAUACAAAAAGUGGAAAAUAAAAUUGAAUUAAACUUUG